CACACUCCCAUCAUCAUUAGUAUAUUGUCGAUAGUAAAUAGAAGCCAAUCUCGAUUGCAAAUAGACACUGCAGUAAAGGUUUCUCGCAGUGGCGUGACAAAUUCUAUCAAUCCAUCAGCUAGCCAUGUCCCUAGCAACAGCUACCCUACCCACACACACUCUACCUAAGGCCAUGAAGGAUACCGUCAUGGCAGAUGCCACCAAUGUGUCCGGCACGAAGGACAAGACUCUACGCACAUACCUAAGUUCCAAAAUCGACGGCUUGCAAAUAGUCGUCAAUGAUAAAUCACAAAAUCUGAGGCGUUUGGAGGCGAGGCGGAAUGAGCUCAACGCCAAAGUGCGCAACCUCCGCGAGGAGCUGCAGAAGCUACAGGACAUGGGGUCGUACGUAGGAGAGGUCGUCAAAGUGCUCAGCAAGACUAAAGUGCUCGUCAAGGUACAUCCCGAGGGCAAAUACGUGGCUGAUCUGGAUAAGGACAUUGACAUCACAGAGCUCAAGCCAACGUUGCGGGUGGCCCUGAGAUACGAAUCCUACACGUUGCACAAGAUCUUACCCAGCAAGAUCGAUCCACUGGUCAGUCUGAUGAUGGUGGAGAAGGUGCCCGACUCCACAUACGAAAUGGUGGGUGGUCUGGAUAAGCAGAUCAAGGAGAUCAAAGAAGUCAUUGAACUGCCCGUCAAGCAUCCCGAGCUCUUCGAAGCGCUGGGUAUUGCGCAGCCAAAGGGUGUGCUCCUCUAUGGACCUCCUGGAACCGGAAAGACCCUGCUGGCCAGAGCGGUUGCACAUCACACCGAGUGCACCUUUAUCCGCGUGUCCGGGUCAGAGCUGGUGCAGAAGUACAUUGGUGAGGGCUCGCGCAUGGUGCGAGAACUCUUCGUUAUGGCCAGAGAACACGCCCCCUCGAUUAUCUUUAUGGACGAGAUCGACAGUAUUGGAAGCAGUCGAGGCGACAGUGGUGGUGGUGGUGGUGACAGUGAGGUACAGCGAACCAUGUUGGAACUUCUGAAUCAAUUGGACGGUUUCGAAGCAACUCAGAGCAUCAAGGUCAUCAUGGCCACCAACCGUAUCGAUAUCCUAGAUUCGGCUCUAUUGCGACCUGGACGUAUUGACCGCAAAAUCGAAUUCCCAGCACCAAACGAUGCGGCGCGUUUAGAUAUUCUGCGAAUCCACUCGAGAAAGAUGAACUUGACGAGAAACAUUGACUUAGCAAAGAUCGCAGACACCAUGCCCGGAGCAAGCGGUGCUGAAGUGAAGGGGGUGUGUACUGAAGCGGGUAUGUACGCACUGCGAGAACGCCGCGUGCACGUGAAUCAGGAAGAUUUCGAGAUGGCCGUCAGCAAGAUCAUGCAGAAGGACUCGGAGAAGAACAUGUCGAUGCGAAAAUUCUGGAAGUAGAUAGGUUUCAUUAAUUAAACCUUUAUUUAUUAC